GCGUCGCAGUUGGCUGGGGAGCAGAGCGCUGCUUGGCAGAACACGGGUUGGGUGAGGGAGGGGGAGGGAAGGGGAGGAGGAGGAGGAAGAGGAGGAGAGUUAUUUGUUACCCCGCCCCUCUUGCCCCACCCCACCCUCCGUGCGUGCGACGUGACGGUUUGCCCUGGCACCCCCGACCCUUCCCAGGGGCGAGAGCGUUCCCGGGUCCCAUGAUGCAUCGCGUGCCGCGUCUCACAGAGCGGCGGCUUCCAGCUCAGCAGGUCUUUUCUGUUUGUUGAAAUGUCUAUGGUUUUAUCUGCUUCAGUGGUUCGUGUACGAGAUGGAUUACCACUUUCUGCUUCUACUGAUUACGAACAAAGCAUGGGAGUGCAGGAAUGCAGAAAGUAUUUUAAAUCACUCUCGAAGAAACUUGGUCAGCUUCCUGAUAGAUGUACACUGAAAACUGGACAAUAUAAUAUUAAUUUUAUUAGCUCCCUGGGAGUGAGUUACAUGAUGCUGUGUACCGAAAAUUACCCAAAUGUCUUGGCUUUCUCGUUCCUGGAUGAGCUUCAGAAGGAAUUCAUCAGUACUUACAACAUGAUGAAGACAAAUACUGCUGUCAGACCGUACUGUUUCAUUGAGUUUGAUAACUUCAUUCAGAGGACCAAGCAGCGAUAUAACAAUCCCAGGUCUCUUUCAACAAAGAUAAAUCUUUCUGACAUGCAGACUGAAAUCAAGCUGAGACCGCCUUAUCAAGUUUCCAUGUGUGAACUGGGAUCACCCAAUGGAUUCACAUCUUCAUUUUCUGUGGAAUGUAAAAGUGCUAGUAAGAUUUCUUCUGCUCACCAGCGACUGGAGCCAGUGACUCUGCCAGGGAUUGUGGCAUUUAUCCUUAGUCUCUUAUGUGGGGCUCUUAAUUUAAUUCGAGGUUUUCAUGCCAUAGAAAGUCUCCUACAGAAUGAUGGUGAGGAUUUCAGUUAUGUCAUUGCAUUUUUCCUUGGAACAGCUGCAUGUCUUUACCAGUGUUAUUUGCUCAUCUACUACACUGGCUGGAGGAAUGUAAAAUCUUUCUUGACUUUUGGCUUAAUUUGUCUAUGCAACAUGUAUCUAUAUGAACUCCGCAACCUCUGGCAGCUUUUCUUUCAUGUGACUGUGGGAGUGUUUGUGACACUACAGAUCUGGCUGAGGCAGCCCCAGGGCAAGUCCCCAGAUUAUAACGUCUAAAACAAGCCUGACUACAUUUGCCUGCAACAGCUGCCUAGAGGGUCAAGAGAGCCUCCUGCCUAUCAGUGGGGAAGAUUUUCACCAGACAUGAGGAGCGUCAUUUUCCCUCCUGUCUCCACCUUACUUUUUGUUGUUUGAAAACAACAUAAUCUGCCUCUGAGUAUAUCUGCCAUGGAAUUCUUCCAGAAGUCUUUGAAAAUAUUACUGGCUGAGAGAUCAUCAUCACGAAGAAAACAGGCCCCCUCUUUGCUCUGCUGAGUAUGUGGAUGGACAAAGUAAAUUUGGAAGAUAACUAGUAGCAAGCAGCACAUAAGCCUUUUUGAAAAAUCCAGUGAAAACGUGAACAUAGUACUAGUUCUCCACACCAAGUAUGAACCAGUACCAACGUUGGUCUUUGCCUUUGUGAGGCAGUAGUGUAGAUUAAAUAAAAAGAUGCUAUGGCAUACUGGCAAACUUACAUUUGAAAUGCAAAAGUGGUUACUAAAUGUCACAGUGUUGGAUCGUACACUAACAGAAACGUGCAUUUGUGUGUCUAAAUGUUGUUUUUUUAUUGAUUCUUUUAAAUUCUCACAUGAAUCCUUAACAGUAGAAACCACCUAAUUCUGAAGAUAAGGCAAGAACUUUAGAAAUAUUUAAGGAGACAAUGAUGUUUAUAAGCUGCUUGUGAAUAAUUUUGGAAGCGACCAUUACUACCAAGUUUUAUUAGAGUUUACUAUAAGGCAGAAAGUUCUUCUGUUUCUCUAGAACUGUAAUUACCUUUCAGUGCUACUAUCUAACUCCUCAGUACCCUGCCAGAUGAAAUUGUAAAAGAUGUCCAAAUGCUUUGAAAUUCUCUAUUGUUAAUCCAGGCAUAAACAAAAGCUCCCUGCAGUUGUAAAAUCCGUGAGAUAUCAGUCCUGCUUUUGGCAAUCAUAUUCAUGAAUGUCUCAUUUUAAAAGAAUGAAACUAAUGUUUUCAAACAGAAAAUGUGCAGGUAGCAGCCUGAGAAAGCAGAAAGUUACUGGAGUGGAAGUCAAGAGACUCAAGCUCAAAUCCUGGCUCAGCCACUCCCUGACCUUUGGCAAGUACCUGCCUCUUUAGGCUUAUUUACUCAUUUGUAAAAUGAGGGCGAGGCUGGAAGAGAGAAUUUCCAAAGUUUCUUUCAUUUCUAACAUUCUACAAUUUCAUAAAAUUCAGUAUGUUGAAAAAUCAUGGACUUUAUACUGCUGGUUAAAAGAUAUAUUUGCAAGUAAAAUGAGAUGGCAGAAAGAAGCUGAGGUAAGACUGGGACACUUAGGGAAAUUCAUCAUUGGGUGGUUUUAAUUACUAUGUCCUUCUAUAUAUGUUGGUGUACUUUUACAGGUACCCACCCAAGGAUUUUUAUUAUAUGCGUAUCAUAUACAUUACAGUAUAAACCUUAAUUAACCAGAACUUUUUUUUUUUUUGCUGCAGUCAACUUCUAAGUGAAAGAAGCAAAUGACAAGAAAAACGGUUAUCAGGGAUUUAUUUGAAAAAGCAGUGCAGGGUAUAUGCUAAGGUCUGUACGCAUUCAACCCCUUCUUUUAUAACUACAAGAUUGUGCAAGAAGAAUUGACAUUCAGAAUCAUGACCCUGAGGCAUUACAAGAUCAUAAAUCAUCAAAGAAACAGGAGGUGAUAUUCACUGUGCUGUACUUACUUAAAAAGAAAUGUACCGACCAAUAAGAUUUUAUAAAGAUUUUCAACAAGAAUUGAAACAGAAAGAUUUUUUUAAAAAUUUUAUUUAUGUCAGAAAGAUUCCCUCUUUCAUCCAUCAGUAUCCACAUCACUCUGUAUACAUCCAACAUUCUUGCUUCUGCCAAAUUGGGGAUGGUUUGUUGUCCAGGAUUCUGUGACUCUUUGGGGGAAAAUAGAUUUUUGCCAAGGAUACAGAGCAAUCUUGGACUCUUGAUAACAUAUCUUGAAUAUUUGUAAUAAUUAUCCUACAGUUUUUAAUAGUACUUUUGCUUUUAAGAACAAUUUCUAUUAUAGCAUCUUCACACUACCAGGUGUGUUAUGGAAGAUAGUUAUUGUUUGUCCAAAUUGUAUAGAGGAGGAAACUGAGAUACAAAAAAUUUGUGUGACUUCCUGAAGGUCCUCGUAACUAAGCCAGUAUUACCCUUCAUGUCUCAUGGCUUCAGGUUCAGGACUUUCCACUAUAGUGGGAGUCAUGAAUGUUGUAUUCACAGAAUGCAUCUUUCCUUGGUAAAAAUUAGAGAAUUUACACUGCUUGAUAGCAAUGAAUCCAUACUUCCUUCCACCAAGUAUUGAUAUGUUUUCCUCUAAUUUAGGGUAUCUUGAGGGUCUUUUUAUUGUCCAAGAUAAUUUUUGCUGUCAUGGCAUAAAUAAUACUCUUAUUUUUCCAUAAAACUGACAAUAAUAUAACUUAUUUGCUCAAUAGAGCUGUUCCUUGUUUACUCUGGUACCUCAGCACUCAGGAAUUUUCAUUUCUGGGCUUCCACAUGUAUGUAGUAAGCUCCAUCCUCUUGACUAGGGCAAGUAUGUUAGAAAUUGAAAAUCUCCUUCCUAUAAAUACUGUUGCCUUGAGACCAAGAAUGUUUUCCUUCAACUUUGAAUUUUUACUAUAUAAUUAUUCCAUCUCCAGGUUAAUGCAAAAUAGGAGUGUUUAUCACAGUUUUUAAAUAUAUGAAAUGUUAUCUUCAAUUAACUCCAGAGUUGAAGGCCUUAGCUCACUUAAAUUAACUACCUUAGAAAAGUGCAUCACAUUCAGAGCCCCAUUUCUUUUAUGUUGCCUCUGAAACUCCAUUAAGCCUCUAGCUUGUCAAGGUUGCACAGAGGCCGGAAUACUUUUUCACCCUUUAGAUGCAGGCCACAAGGCACCCUUCCUGGUAUUAGGCAACUCAUGCCAAAAAUGGUCUAGGGAAACAAUUUUUAUCUAUCCUGUGUUCCUUUGUGCAUUAGUAACAUCUCUGAUGACCUGUCCUGGACUGUAGGAAUUACUUAGUAUACAUAUAACCAAACUGUCUUUUACUUGUUCUUUUUGGCUAUUUAAAACCUGGUUCUGUUGACCUAGAAGUAAAAUUUUGUGUUCUGUGAAAGAGGACUGAAAUUAUUCUAGAAAUUGUCUCCACUCUACACAAACCAAACUAGACAUAUAGCUGCACUCUAGAGACAAGCCUUUUGAGAAGAUUCCCUAAAACUUUGUUAUUUUUGAUUAUGCUGAUGCUUUCCUUUUUUUUCAGUCUUUAAGAAAAUGUAAUCUUCCUCUUUCCUAGCACAGUAAGAACGUCACCACCACAGCAAAGGUGGAGUUUAAAUUUAUUUUAGCAUGCUGGCCUGAAAGUUGAAAUAAAUCUCCUGAUCAUAAAAGUCUUGUGAAUGAGUAUCAGUUGAGAAUUUAGCUAUAAUUUUACAAAGUCGAGGAUAGUUUUCAUCUCUAUUAAUUUUCUGGGAUGGUGAAUUGAAUGGGAGCUUGUAACUCUUGUAGAGUAUUGAGUUUCUAAAGAGAAGUCGUAUCGUGUGAGGAACUGGGCAUGUUUAAUCUGGAGAAGAGAAUGUUUAAGUAAGAGAAGAUGAUAACUGUCUUUCAGGUAUUUAAAGGACUGCCAUGUGAAACGGGUUAAACUUUUGUGGUGCUCCAAAAGGGAGAACGUAGGGCCAGAAACCUAGGAUAGAUUAUACCUGAAGGUCAAUUUCAACUUGAUAUAAGGAGAAAAUUUUUGCAACAGAGCUGUUCAGUAACAUAUCAUGGAAAGUCCUACUAGGUAGGUAAUCCCCUCCCCCUCAGUUUACGAAAGCAGAGGCUAAAUGAUCACUUGUUGGGGUUAUUAUCGAGGGGAUUGCUGCCUUUGGUAGGGGAUUUGACCAGUUAAUCUCUGAAGCCUCCUCCAACAAUCUUAAGAUUUUAGUCUGCCACUUCAAGAUUUAUUACUUAUUGUUCUUUUUCAGGUUCUAUUUUUUAACAAGUGAAAACAUGAGUAGGAUUGUGAUACAAAAUGGCUAAAAGUAAAAUGAUUGGUUGCCUCGUU